AUGGCGAAGAAGCGGAGGUACCGAGGAAAGGAUGGCGGGGGCAAGCGUGACGAUUCCUCCGCCCAAGGUCGAAAGGACAACGGUGGCGAGGGCGACCGUGACAAGCACCGGUGGAAGGGCGGCGGCGACGGCGGGAAGCCCUGGUCGCAGAGCUUCGUGCUUCGCAGCCGGCCGUUUGAAGCGUACUACCAGGCCAUGGGGAUAAUGCCCAAAGAGGAGUGGCCGGUGUUCAUGAACACGCUCAAGGAGCCGCUGCCUGCUUGCUUCCGUAUUCACUCAGACUGCAGCUUCAAAGACCAGGUUAAGAAGCAGCUGUUAGAGCUGUUGGAGGCCCCGAUGGUGAUCGAGGGCAAGGAGGUCAAGGCGGUGCGAGAGCUACCCUGGUACGCCGGGGGGUUGGCCUAUCGGCUAGGCUGCGACCGCCGCUUCAUCAGGAAGCAGCCCCAUCUGUUAGGGAUGACCAUGAGAGGGAGGUGUUCGGACUCGGUCCGAAGAAGUGCGGACGAGACCCCAUCGAUGCGAAAAAAAUAA